GCAAUCACUGGGACGUACAUUGAUAAGAAGUGUCCAUUCACCGGUAACGUAUCCAUCCGUGGUCGCAUCUUAACUGGUGUUGUUGUCAAAAUGAAGAUGCAACGGACAAUUGUUAUUCGACGUGAUUACUUGCAUUUCGUCAAAAAAUAUCGCCGAUAUGAGAAACGCCAUCGCAAUAUGUCUGUGCAUUGCUCACCAGCUUUCAGGUUGAUUUUUUCUUUUUUUCAAGAUAAAAUAGGGUUUUCUAACGUUUCAUUUUGAAU